AUGGCUGACAUGGAAGACGAACUCAAGUGCCCGGUCUGCGGCUCCUUCUACCGCGACCCCAUUAUCUUGCCGUGCUCUCACAAUGUGUGCCUGCCGUGUGCGCGCACCAUCAUGGUGCAGACUCCCGAGGCAGAGCCAUCGUCACCCCAGGGCCGCCCGCCAGCCUCCGACUACGACUACCUGGACGUGGACAAGAUGAGCGUGUACAGCGAGGCGGACAGCGGCUACGGCUCCUACACCAGCUUCGCGCCGCCCGUCUCCAACCAGAAGUCUCCGAACGGGGUGCGGGUCUUCCCGCCGGCGCCGCCGCCGCCGCCGCCGCUCCGCCACUCCAGCCUGACCUGCCCGCAGUGCCACCGCAGCGCGCUGCUGGAGGAGCGCGGUCUCCGCGGCUUCGCCAGGAACCGGCUGCUCGAGGCCAUCGUCGGCCGCUAUCAGCAGAGCCGCUCGGUGGCCGUCCGCUGCCAGCUGUGCGAGCGCAACCCGCAAGAGGCUGCCGUCAUGUGCGAGCAAUGCGACGUCUUCUACUGCGAGCCGUGCCAACGGCGCUGUCACCCGGCCCGCGGGCCGCUGGCCAAGCACCGGCUCCUGCCGCCCGCUCAGGGCCGUGCGGCCGGCAAACCCGCGCCUCGCAAGAUCUCCACCUGCACCGAGCACGAACUGGAGAACUACAGCAUGUACUGCGCCAACUGCAAGAUACCCGUGUGCUACCAGUGUCUGGAGGAAGGCAAGCACAGCAAGCACGACGUGAAGGCACUGGGAGCCAUGUGGAAGCAGCACAAGGCCCAACUAUCUCAAGCAUUAACUGGUGUUUCUGAUAAAGCAAAGGAGGCCAAAGAGUUUUUAGUGCAUUUGAAAAACAUGGUACAACUAAUUCAGGAGAAUGGUGUGGAGUUUGAAGCUUGCCUUGUGGCGCAAUGUGAUGCACUUGUUGAUGCAUUAAAUCGUCAAAAAGCUAAAUUGCUUACGCGAGUGACCAAGGAGCGUGAGUUUAAAUUAAAGGUUGUUCGGGACCAGAUAAGCCACUGUACUUUGAAGCUUCGUCAGACGACUGGUCUCAUUGAGUACUGCUUGGAAGUAUUGAAAGACAAUGACUCCAGUGGAUUCCUACAGAUUUCAGAUGCACUAAUCAAGCGUGUGCAAGUGUCUCAGGAGCAGUGGGUUAAAGGAGCUUUAGAACCUAAAAUAAAUCCUGAAUUUGACCUGACACUCGACAAUAGCCCAUUACUGCAGUCAAUUCACCAGCUAGACUUCAUUCAGAUGAAAAUUCCUUCUGCAGUGCCCCCUGUGCCAAUUCUACAACUGGAGAAAUGUUGUACCCAUAACAAUAAUGCCACACUUGCAUGGAAGGCACCUCCACUAAACCAGACUCAGAUUGAAGGCUAUAUCCUAGAACUUGACGACGGAAAUGGUGGACAGUUUCAAGAGGUGUAUGCUGGCAAAGAAACUGUCUGCACAGUGGAUGGGCUUCAGUUCAAUAGUACCUACAAUGCAAGAGUGAAAGCCUUUAAUUCAGCGGGUGUUGGGCCUUACAGUAAAACAGUUGUGCUGCAGACAUCUGAGGUGGCUUGGUUCACCUUUGAUCCUAGUUCAGCCCAUCCGGACAUCCUUUUAUCCAACGAUAACCUAACCAUCACAUGUAACAGCUACGAUGAUCGGGUUGUGCUGGGAUCUGUGGCGCUCUCCAAAGGGAUCCACUACUGGGAGCUAACCGUAGAUCGCUAUGACAACCAUCCAGACCCCGCUUUUGGUGUGGCAAGGAUUCACUUACAAAAGGAUAUAAUGUUGGGAAAGGAUGAUAAGGCAUGGGCUAUGUAUGUUGACAACAAUCGCAGUUGGUUUAUGCACAACAAUUCCCAUACAAACAGGACUGAAGGUGGGAUUUGUAAAGGUACAACAAUUGGUGUUCUGUUGGAUCUAAACAAGCGCAACCUCGCAUUUUACAUCAACAACGUGCAGCAAGGCCCAGUUGCUUUUGAAGAUUUGGAAGGCAUCUUUGUUCCUGCUGUUAGCAUUAAUAGGAAUGUCCAGGUGACCCUUCAUACAGGACUGGAAGUUCCAAAUCAUAUCAAGCAAGUCAAAUCUUCACUAUCCUACAGCCCCAAAAGCAAGACCAAGUACUGA